AGCGGAAGUGACGUCACUUCCGGGUCCUACCGCCUGCCGGGAUCGAGGCGGAGCGGAGCGGCGCGGGGCGGCCAUGUCGACGUCGCUGGGCUCCAACACUUACAACCGGCAGAACUGGGAGGAUGCGGACUUCCCUAUUCUGUGCCAGACGUGUCUUGGAGAAAACCCGUACAUUCGCAUGACCAAAGAGAAAUAUGGAAAAGAAUGCAAGAUUUGUGCCAGGCCUUUCACAGUGUUCCGCUGGUGUCCUGGUGUUCGGAUGCGUUUCAAGAAAACAGAAGUGUGCCAGACCUGCAGCAAGUUGAAGAAUGUCUGUCAAACCUGUCUGCUUGACCUGGAAUAUGGUUUGCCUAUUCAAGUCCGGGAUGCAGGACUGUCCCUUAAGGAUGAAAUGCCUAAAUCUGAUGUCAAUAAAGAGUACUACACCCAGAACAUGGAGCGAGAGAUAGCCAACUCUGAUGGCACUAGACCAGUGGGUGCACUAGGAAAAGCUACUUCUACCAGUGACAUGCUGUUGAAGCUGGCUCGGACCACUCCUUACUACAAACGUAAUCGUCCUCACAUCUGUUCCUUCUGGGUAAAAGGGGAAUGCAAGAGAGGAGAAGAAUGUCCUUACAGGCAUGAGAAGCCUACAGAUCCAGACGAUCCUCUGGCUGAUCAGAAUAUCAAAGAUCGUUACUAUGGAAUUAACGAUCCUGUAGCUGAUAAGCUGCUGAAACGAGCAUCGACCAUGCCUCGACUGGACCCUCCUGAUGAUAAGACCAUCACUACGCUGUACGUUGGAGGGCUUGGAGAUACUAUCACUGAAUCAGAUCUCAGAAAUCACUUCUACCAGUUUGGGGAGAUCCGGACGAUAACAGUCGUGCAGAGGCAGCAGUGUGCUUUCAUCCAGUUUGCCACCCGACAAGCUGCAGAAGUGGCUGCUGAGAAAUCCUUCAACAAGCUCAUUGUCAACGGCCGCAGGCUCAAUGUCAAGUGGGGAAGGUCCCAGGCAGCGAGAGGUAAAGAGAAGGACAAGGAAGGUACUACAGAAUCCGGGAUAAAGCUGGAGCCGGUUCCAGGACUUCCCGGAGCCCUCCCACCUCCUCCAGCUGCAGAAGAGGAGGCUUCUGCAAAUUACUUCAAUCUACCUCCUAGUGGCCCUCCAGCCGUGGUUAACAUCGCCCUGCCGCCGCCUCCUGGCAUUGCUCCACCACCACCUCCAGGUUUUGGACCACACAUGUUCCACGCCAUGGGGCCACCGCCUCCCUUCAUGAGAGCCCCAGGCCCCAUUCACUACCCGUCUCAAGAUCCCCAGAGGAUGGGUGCCCACGCAGGAAAGCACAGCAGCCCCUAGCACGUCGUGCCACCCUUGUCAUUUCAGUAAAUGUUAUUUUCUAGUUACCAUGGUAGUGCCGUAUGUUGAGCUGUGGGUGAACUAGAGAAGCCUUAUUUCCCUGCUUGCAGACACUGGGCAAGCUGAGCUCUGUGUCACUGUUAGCUAAUCAGAUCGUUAAGACAUCACAGAUCUUUCAUGUAGUGUAUAGGGGUGGGGUGGGAGGGGGGCAGAAAGGACUGUCAGGUGGGGAUCAGAUGUAUCAGAAUUACAGUGCUGUUAGUGUAUCCCAUUUGCACACUUUUGAAAUAAACUUCUGGAAAAACCAGAUCAAACCCUUUUCAAGCCCAUUUGGUAUCUUCAGUCUGAACAUUAUGGACUGUUUAAAUGUGAUGAGAGACUUCUCUACGUCAAUUAAGUAAUGACUUGUUAUUCUAAUUAGGUAUUAAUCUUGUACUAUUAAGCCAGGACAGAAUUAGAGCUGAAAAACAAGCUUAUGACAUGUGCCAAACUCAUGGCUUUGCCUGACAAGUGCCACAGAAUUUCUCCUUUUUUUUUUU